AAGCAGCCGUAGCACUUGUGCAGCCGUGCAACAACACACACUGCCUGUCCAGUCACACCGCAGCAUGGAUCUUUGCUGAAUGAGUGAAGAUCAUGUCGGCUGUAGCGCGGCGGCUGGCUCGUUUGCACCGGCAACUCAUCACCACUGCAGUCCGCCCUCCCCAGCCCCUCCCAGCGCCCUCCUUCCCCUGCACCACGCCCCGAAGAGCCGACGAGUGGCACUCGGCAUUCAUCGACAGGGAUGCUGAGCCGCUGCACCAGUUCAUCCAGGACGAGAAGAAGCUCUUCACCGCCUACAUGGAGGAGCACCGCGACUUCCAGGAUGCUCUCUAUGACGAGAGCGCCAGCCUGGUGCAGGAGGAGUCGCUCAUCCUGCCGGAGAUCGUCAACGACUACAUGUACUAUCAGCGGUUUGUGGAGGGGUAUCCCGUCUACUGCAGAAGGCUCGUGCCUGUCGAGUACAGACACCAGAGACGAGGUGAGUGAGGCGGGAUGCAUUGCAUGCUCACCCCGUGAUAUGGCUCUCUCUCUCUCUCUCUGUCUGUGUGUGUGUGUGUGUGUCAGUGCCUGAUCCGUUGUUCCAGCUGCAUGACAUGGAGGAGGCCGCGUCGAUAGGGAGGGAGGAGGUGCUGCUCAACCUGGAGCAGCUCGCCAAACACCACUCAGAGGCGGGAUACGCAGAGGCGUCCGUCUGCAAACUCGACGCCAGCCAGGCGGUGCUCGCAUUCAUCGUCGACUUCACCGGUCAGCCUGUCGGCCUGUCGGCCUGUCGGCCUGUCGGCCUGUCGAGCAGCCCCCAUUUGCCCUCUCCUACCUAUUGUCCGUGUGCUUGUCUGUGUGCAGGCGAUGAGUCCUACGAGCUGCGCUUCAAGAACCUGCACAACGGGUACCACCUGCCCUUCACCCUCCCCAACGCCCGCAACAUCGAGUGGGCCAGCGACCCCAUAGCCCUCCAGAUCGACAGACACAGGCGGCACGUCACCGAGGACAAGCCGCACGAGCUCGUCUACCGCGACGAAAAGGGCAACGUCGUGAGAGACCCCGACACGAUGGUCAAGAGGGCGCUGAAGGCCAAGUGGCAGGCGAGUGAGCAGCUGAUGGGGGGCAUCCCGCUGCCGCAGACGUUCUACUACACUAUGCCGAUCGAGGAGGAGGGCACCGGCAGGACGGCGCGCAUCUAUCGCGCUAAGAUGACCGAAAGGGGGAUUGAGGACCAGGAGCUGCUGCUGGAAGAGGUAGGUAGGUGCGCAGAGAGACGGGGCAGACACAGACGACACCAAUCUUCUGCGUGAACGUGCAGCGGAAUUCGGCGGCGUAUGUGGAUCUGUUCAAGACGCGUGACAGCGAGUACAUCUUCCUCACCUCAAACACCAAGACGACCUCAGCCGUCUAUGUCGUCAGGUACACACCGAUUCCAGCCAGCCUCUGUUUGCGCAUAUGCCAAAUGGUGUGUCUGUCUGUCUGUCUGUGUGUGUGUGUGUGUUUCAGGGCAUGGUUCUCUGAGGAUGUGCCCCGGUUGCUGCGGCCACCCAUGGAGGGAGUCGAAUACUACGCAGAACACAGGUACAACCGCCACACACACACACACAUACACACACACACGCAUCGACUGCUCUCACACAUGCCCGCAGGUCUGGAUACUUCUACAUCGUGGCCAACGACCGCCGGCCCGACUUCGAGGUCACCCGCAUCCCCACACAGAAGUUCUUCCGCCGCCCGCACAAAGGCUCCUCAGGCCAGUGGGAGCCCCCGCCCGUCAGCGACUACGAGCUCUUCUUCGACCCCACGCAGCACCACAUGAAGAUCCAGGACAUUGACAUGAACCACAGGGCGCUGGUGCUCUACGGCUGGCGGGAGCCGUCGCACCCCGCCGUGUGUGUGGUGGACUUCAACGAUGACGACGAGUACCUGGGCUAUGACGACGACGACCGGCCCAAGGAGGCGUAUGACAUGUCCGACGACCAGGGGGAGUUCGAGUACUUCCCCGACCCCAACGACCCCACCAAAGUCAUCAGGAGGAGGCGGCAGAAGGAUGAAAGGAGGUGGGAGGGAGGGAGGAGCGUGUGGCAGAAUUGAUGACGUCUCUAUCUGUCUACGUGUGUGUGUGUCAGGUACUUCGCGUGGCUGCCUCUGGAGGGUGGUGUGGGCGUCGUGGAGCCCGGCGUGAAUGCGGCUUUUGACGCACCCGUCAUCCGAUUCACCCUUCGAUCGCCCCUGGGUAGGCAACCGACAUCAGACGGAUCCAAUCAAUGCAUGCAGGCAUCCAUCCAUCCUUCGCUGUCUGUGUGGCAUGCCAUGGGCACACGUGCAUGUCAGAGCCUGGAAUUGUGUGUGACAUCGAUUUGUCCAAGGGGACGACCCACUGGAGACGCACCAAGGGAUUCGACAAGAAGGAAUUCGAUGUCAAGCAGUAAGGAGAUAGAUACGUGCAGCACCGAGCGACUUGCACUCUUUACCUUCUCAUGCACACUUGGUGCAGGUACGUGUCUGAGGUGCACUAUGUAGCCAGCCACGACGCACAAGUCGCCGUGCCGAUGACCGUCGUCAGGUGACCGUGUAGGGCCAACUAAGGCUAGCUGAAGCCAUGUGUGUUUGACACGUGUGUGUGUGUGUGUGUGUGUCAUGUGUGGCAGGAAGAAGGACCUGCCGCGGCACGAGGCGCAGCCCUGUCUGAUGUACAUAUACGGCGCAUACGGGGCCAUUCUCCACCCGGACUUCAAGAUCGAACACAUCUGUCUGCUCAAAAGAGGAUGGGUGAGCGGAACAAAGCGCAUCAAUCGCGGGCGGCAUCUCCCUGCCUCUCCGCAUUCAUUCAGAUGAUUGCAUUCGCGCAUGUGCGCGGCGGUGGGGAGGGCGGCAAGGCGCCGAGCGACGAUCCAGACAGGUUCAUGGGCUUCAUCCAGGGCGGCGAGUGGCACGCCAUGGGCAAGGGGCUGGUCAAGGCCAACACCUUCCACGACCUCGUCAGCUGUGCCCACUACCUCAUAGGCAUGGGCUGGACGAAGCGGUCCCUCCUUGCCGUCAAGGGCAGCUCGGCAGGCGGCCUGCCGGUGGGCUGGAUCGUCAACUACCACCCAGAGCUCUUCAAGUGAGAGAAAGACGCAGACAAUGAGAAGACACACGAUGAUUGCUGGGUGUCACGUGUGACGCAGGUGUUGCAUCCUGGACGUGCCGUUUGUGGACCCUUUGACGGCGAUGCUCGACCCGUCUUUGCCUCUGACGGUGCCCGAGUACGACGAGUGGGGCAACCCCACCGUCGAUCCGGGAGCCUUCCAGGCCAUCCUCUCAUACAGCCCCUACGACAACCUCCCUCUCACCGGCACUAGCACUGCCGCUGCCACUGGUGGCGGCAAGAGGGGCGCGGCCAGGCUGAUCGACAGACAAGGCGCUGUCAAGACGGACAGUGCCUCGGCAAGACGCCAGCAGCAGCAGCAGCAGCAGUAUCCCAGUAUGCUCAUCACGACCUCAGUCGACGAUACCAGGUAGAGAGAAACAAAUGAAGACACGAUACACACAGGGCUGACUGGUUCAUUCAUUGGUAUGUGCGUGUUGUGUUUGCUGUGCAGGGUGCCGUAUUGGCAGGCCGUCAAGUACGCCGCCCGCCUCCGCAUCCUUUCGAGCCCCCUGGUGUCCCUCUCGCCACCACAGGAGCAGCCAAGCAAGGACAGAGAGGCCAAGAGAAGGAGGCAGCAGUCGCCCGAAGGUCCCGAUGACGACACACCCAUCGACACACCAGCACGAGCCCCCCUUCACGUGGCCGAGACCCGGACGGCUCCAGCCCCUGCACCCAGCAGAGAAGCCGAUCGCUCCCCCACUGACGAUGCGUCGACGCCCGCACCCCAAGAGAGCAAGACGUCUCGAGUAAUGGGGACGCGGCGGUGGCCGAGGGAAGUCGAAGAACAUGUCGGGGAGCCCAAGGCCUUAUCAGAAAUACCACGCACAGCAGGAGAAGCCAUCGACAGCCUCCCCAUCUCUGACUCCACCCCGCCACCGUCACUAGCCAAGAAGCACGACCGCCGAUCUGCAGACCGGCAGCCGACGCCCGAGGUCGACACGAGUGACGUGUCCAUCGACGACUCGCUCAUGAGUGGCGGCAGCAGCCGGCUGCUCAUCCGUGUGCGGGAGGAGGGGCAGGGCGGGCACUUUGGUUCGUCGAGCGAGGCGGUUGCUUAUGGGGAGGUGUGUGAGGAGAUAUCAUUUCUGUUUGAUGCGAUGGGCCUGGAGAUGAUGGACGAGGAGAUGAGGUCGAGGGCUGAGGGGAGGGUGUGGCGGGGGGGUGUGAUGCAGAGGCUGCCGCAGAUAGAGUCGCAGAGGGACGUGUUCGAGAUCAAGCAAGACAUACAUCGAAAGGAGUGAUGCAUACAUAGAUGCGUGUGUGUGUUGACGCGCCUGCAGCUGCCGAAGCUGCUGUGUUUGCAUGUAAUGCCC